UAGUAUUAUUAGUUCCUUAUUCCACACGUUCCGAUGUGCCGGUCCCGAUUCCACAUGUUUUGUUUGUUUUUUAAUGGCGUUCUCUUCGGGGUCGGAUCUUUUGAAAUUAUAGUGCUCACCCUAAGAUGACCAAAUUGAUUAAGAAACAAAUUAAUAUAAUUAAAGUGGACUAAAACGGAAAGUGGAUAAGCUGUAGAAGCUCUUAUUUUUGCGUUGUGUUUCUUUCGUUAAGUACACUAUGUUUCGAGUUCCACUUGGACUCUUAAUAGUUUUACCGCAACUUCUGUUUCAAAUAGGAUGUGUUCAAAUGUGUUCGAAAAGCGAAAUACAUGCGUUAAUUCUGGCUAGAGGUGGAAGCAAGGGAAUUAAAUACAAAAACCUAGUUAAAAUAGAGGGACUGUCAUUGUUGGCGCGUACAAUCAUAACAAUACAAAAUUCUUCUUGCUUUGAUCAUAUUUGGGUUUCUACGGACGACAAAAGAAUUUCAAUUGAAGCCAACAAAUAUGGUGCUAUUGUGCAUAAUCGGCCUUCAGAGAUUGCCAGGGACGAGACAUCUUCCCUGGAUGCUAUCAAAGAAUUUUUAGAUGUGCACAAAGCUAUUCAUAACUUUUCUUUAUUUCAAUGUACGUCUGUGUUUUUAAAAGAAAAAUACAUUAAUGAAGCUGCUUUGGCAUUUAAAAACCAUGACUGUGUGUUUGCAGCUAUGAGGUCGCAUUAUUUACGAUGGGAAUUCGUUGAUCAUUUGCUAGUACCCGUGGGUUUUAAUUCAAAGGCCAGACCAAGACGCCAAGAUUGGAAAGGAGAUAUAGUGGAAACAGGAAUGUUCUAUUUUUCGAAACGACGAUUAGUAGAGAGUGGAUUUUUACAAAAUAACAGGUGCUCUAUCGUGGAAAUAGAUCAAAAAGAUGGUUUGGAAAUCGACUCACCCAUUGAUUUAACAAUAGCACGAUGUAUUUUAAAUAAUAAAAUGUGAACUGAACUUAUUCAAAAAGUAUUAAAUGGAAAAGUAUGUGUAUUGUGAAUAUCUAAGUCCAAAAUACAUAACAUUU